UAUCUUGAGGCAGGACCUCAUCAUUGCUAAGACUGGGGGCUUGGGGAGUUAGGUUCUUACACAGUGGAGAACAAUAAGAAACUCAGAGCAGCAUUCUGGAGGGUAAAUCCUCGGGGCCCAGGGCCCUUGACAUCAGUUGUUCCAGUUCCCAGACAUUCUAAGCAGUUCCACAGAGAGUAAGGUCGAGUGUAGAAGCUGCUCAUCAGUUGCCUUUAAGUCAGUUUGGAUCCCGUGUGUGUCAGAGUAGACCUGUGCUCCACAGGGUUUUCAAUAGCUGAUUUUUUGGAAGUAGACCACCAGGCUUUUCUGCAAGGUGCAUCUGGGUGGACUCCAGCUUCCUCCUUUUUGGUUAGCAGCCAAGGGCUUAACCAUGUGCACUAACCAGGGAUUCCAGAAGCCGCUUAGGCCUUGGGAAAUGUGUGUGUGGCUGAGCACUGGGCAGGGAGAUGGGGUGUUUCCCUGGGACUGCCGGAGACCAGCUCUUCUAAGGGAGCUAGCAGUGGCCCCUGGCUGCGGGAGACCCCCACCCACACCUGGCUGUUCCCUGACGGCUGCCUGCCUUUGUCCGCAGACCUCGCAUGGUGGAGAAGCAGCCCCAUGAAGGUGCCCAGCCAUGCAAUGUUCCUGGAAGGCCGUCCUCCUCCUUGCCCUGGCCUCCAUCGCCAUCCAGUACACGGCCAUCCGCACCUUCACCGCCAAGUCCUUCCACACCUGCCCCGGGCUGGCGGAGUCCGGGCUGGCUGAGCGGCUGUGCGAGGAGGGCCCCACCUUCGCCUAUAACCUCUCUCGCAAGACCCACAUCCUCAUCCUGGCUACGACACGCAGCGGCUCCUCCUUCGUGGGCCAGCUCUUCAACCAGCACCUGGACGUCUUCUAUCUGUUUGAGCCCCUCUACCACGUGCAGAACACGCUCAUACCCCGCUUCACCCAGGGCAAGAGCCCCGCCGACCGGCGCGUCAUGCUGGGCGCCAGCCGCGACCUCCUGCGGAGCCUCUACGACUGUGACCUCUACUUCUUGGAGAACUACAUUAAGCCGCCGCCUGUCAACCACACCACCGACAGGAUCUUCCGCCGAGGGGCUAGCAGGGUCCUCUGCUCCCGCCCCGUGUGUGACCCUCCAGGCUCCCCCGACCUGGUCCUGGAAGAGGGGGACUGUGUGCGCAAGUGCGGCCUGCUGAACUUGACGGUGGCGGCCGAGGCCUGUCGAGAGCGUAGCCACGUGGCCAUCAAGACGGUGCGGGUCCCGGAGGUCAAUGACUUGCGGGCUUUGGUCGAAGACCCCCGCUUAAACCUGAAGGUCAUCCAGCUUGUUCGAGACCCGCGGGGCAUUCUGGCCUCACGGAGCGAAACCUUCCGGGACACGUACCGGCUCUGGCGGCUCUGGUAUGGCACGGGGAGGAAGCCCUACAAUCUGGACGUCACACAGCUGACCACGGUGUGUGAGGACUUCUCCAACUCCGUGUCCACCGGCCUCAUGCGGCCACCGUGGCUCAAGGGCAAGUACAUGCUGGUGCGCUAUGAGGACCUGGCCAGGAACCCCAUGAAGAAGACCGAGGAGAUCUACGGGUUCCUGGGCAUCCCCUUGGACAGCCACGUGGCACGAUGGAUCCAGAACAACACACGGGGCGACCCUGCCCUGGGCAAGCACAAAUACGGCACCGUGCGCAACUCUGCCGCCACCGCGGAGAAGUGGCGCUUCCGCCUCUCUUACGACAUCGUGGCCUUUGCCCAGAACGCCUGCCAGCAGGUGUUGGCACAGCUGGGCUAUAAGAUGGCCGCCUCAGAGGAGGAGCUGAAGAACCCUGCCAUUAGCCUGGUGGAAGAGCGAGACUUCCGCCCUUUCUCGUGAUGCGGGUGUCGUGGGUGCGUGGGUGGGGGCACCUGGUGUCUUGGAUUUGAUAAAAUGGACCAUUUUUAACUGUUGCCUUAUUUCCCCCUCCCUCUCACACCCUGUCUUUGUGUCCUUCCUGCCCCCUGCCCACCCCCCACUCCCUUCUGCCUCUUUUUGUCUCUGAAAUUUGCACUAUGUCUCCGAUGGGAAUCACUGGGGCAGAGGGGGGCGUGAGGUGGGGUAUGGCCCCCACCCCACCCCAAUUCAGACACACGGAUUUUGGGUCCCUACAUGGAUGGUGACAAUGUUUACAAGCACCACGUUCACACACACAUGUGCGUGCACACACACAUACGCGCACAGGCACACAUAAGUGCACACACACAGGCACCCACGCACAGGGGAGAGACACUCAAUACCACACAACUUUUCAAACUUUUUGAAUGGAAGAGUGGUCAGGGUAUUGUAGUUUUUCAGUCUUACUUCUAUAAGGUAAGAGGUUAAAAACAAAAAGACCACCUCUCUCUAAUUUAUGAAUAGUGUCCACCCCUUCCCAUCCCUGCUUCCUCCCCCCAGUGCCCACUCCCCCCCUUGGAGCAGAGAAACUGCCCCCUCCUGCCCGCCCUUGCCUGUCGGUGAGCAGGUUUUUACUGUGAGGUGAAAGUGGACCUUGUUUAUUU